UGGUGAGCAUGUGCCUGAGUGUGAAGGGGAAGGAGAAGGUACUGGAUGAGGAGGUGGAGGAGGUGGAGGAGAUGGAGGAGGUGGAGGAGGUGGAGGAGGUGGAGGGAGAGGAGGGGGAGGAGGAGGGGGAUGAGGAGAUGGAAGAGGACGAGGAUGAGGGAAUGGCAGAAGGGGAGGAGUGCAGCAAUGGUGGUGGUGACUGGGAAGAUGAAUGAGCAGCAGAAGCAUCACCUGGAGU